CAUUCGCCUCUCGUUCAGACUUCAGACAAAAAGCAUCCAAACAAUCAACUCUUCAUAUAAAACCAUUCCAAACAAAUCUUCACCAUGAAGUUCACCACCGUUGCCUUCGCCGCUCUCGCUUCUCUGGCUACUGCCAACCCUACUCCCAACUUUGGCUGCAAGCCUGGCACCUAUGCCUGCCUUCCCAAUGGUGAGGGCUGGGAAGUUUGCAACACUCGUGCAGUCUUUGUGUUUGCUGGCAACUGCCCUCCCAAGACUGUCUGCAAGUUCGACAAGCAGAAUGGCAGCCCCUACUGCGUUCCCCCCAACUUCACCAUCCCAUAAAUGCAUCAGAUCGGGAUCAAUGGGGCUAUUUAGAACAGCCUAUCGGAUAAGCAAGAAGUGUUAGAGUUUCUGGAUUCUAAAACGUUUUGCGGCUUGUCAUUGUCUUGCAGAUCAUUUCUGGACAUACAGUUUUUACACAAAUAAUGGACACUCCUUUGGAUGCGAUGUAUCUCUAUAGCUAUACGAAUACAAUAAAUUGAACAAAUCA